AUGAUUGACAUCCUCAACAUCGGGGAGGAGCCAGUCUUCGACGAUCGCAUCGUCAAGAUUGAAACUCACUCGUACAAUCCGUUUGCCAACACGUCAUUUGGACACAGCGAUGAGAUAAGAAUACCUAUACAACAACAGGAUCUCUAUACGUUGCCGCAUGAAAGUUUCCUGUACAUUGAGGGAAAACUAACUACUGCCAAACAAGUCCCUGAGUUUGAUGUCGUACUGGGAAAUAAUUGCGUCGCGUUCAUGUUCGAUGAGAUCCGAUAUGAACUUGACGGCGUGGAGAUUGAUCGUACCAGAAACGUUGGAAUAACCAGCACGCUCAAAAACUACGUUUCGGCAUCAGUCGAUAAAAUGGCGACUCUGAAGAAUGCUGGCUGGGAUGUGGCAUUCAAUGGGAAGGGAGAUUUCAAUUUUUGCGUACCGCUCAACAUGCUAUUGGGAUUCUGUGAAGAUUACAAACGCGUG